CAGUCCCAUCUGCAGGUGGUCUCAGGGCCAUGUGCAUCACAGAGCACCGCCCAGCUCCCCACACCCACCUUUCACAACCCCACAGAUGGCGCCAUUCAUUGGGCAGGAAGAGCAAGAAAGAGGCCACAGGAAACAGUGGGCCGCACGUCAGGCAGGAGGAAGGCCAGUGGACAGAGCUUGUGACCAGGAGGCCACACAGCCACCGGACUCUGCUGACUACUGAUGGCAAUAGCCAGGAGCCUGGGCCUCCUGCUCUUCCUGCUACUGGAUUCAGAUGAAACCACUGAAAGGUCAAGGAACGUCUGCCAGCUCAAGGAUGCCCAUGAGUAUGACACCUUUGACUUGACUGACAUUGCUAAGUGCUUUACCAAGUGUGAGCAAUUGGAAGACAGCUCCUGUGAUGUAGGGAACUUACAGAGAUACUGGCUAAACUAUGAAUCCUACCUACUGGAGAAUUCCAUGGAGACUGUGGACAUGCCUUUUGUUAAGGCCUUGAUCCAGAACAUCAGCACGGAUGUCUCAGAAGACCUGCUGUUCUCUCUGAUGCCCUCCCAGAUCCCAAGGCAGGUGAUGCAGGGUGAGGACCAGCCCACAGACAGAGUCCGACUUCCCAAGAGCCUAUUUGGAACCCUCCUGCCUGGCAACAGGUCUGCCGUCCGGUUGGCCAUAACUGUUCUGAACAUUGGUGCAGGAAAUGUCUUCAAGGGCGCCAAGCUCCUCCAGGACAAUGGCAGCAGUGUGUUGAACAACCGCAUGGUAGGCUUGAGUGUUGGCCAGAAGCACACCACCGGACUGUCGGAGCCAGUGGAGAUCACCUUCUCUCACCAGCGUCAACUACCAAAUAUGAUCCUUACUUGUGUAUUCUGGGAUGUGGCUAAAGGAAACUGGGAUUCCCAAGGCUGUUCCACAGAGCUCGGGGAUGAGAGGACUGUCUGUCACUGUGACCACUUGACCUUUUUCGCCUUACUUCUGAGGCCGAUAUUGGACAUGGCCACAGCACAGACUCUCACUCGCAUCUCCCAAGCAGGCUGUGGAGUCUCCAUGAUCUUCUUGGCCUUCACCAUGGUUCUCUAUGUAACCCUUAGGCUCUCUCUGCAGAGGUUCAAGUCUGAAGAUGCCCCUAAGAUCCAUAUGGCCCUGAGCAGCAGCCUGUUUCUCCUGAAUCUUACCUUCUUGAUCAAUGUGGGGAGCAGCUCUCAAGGCUCCCCAGCCUCCUGCUGGGUCCGAGCUGCCAUCUUCCACUACUUUCUGCUGUGUGUCUUCACCUGGAUGGGCCUGGAGGCCUUUCAUCUCUACCUGCUGGCCAUCAGGGUCUUCAAUACCUACUUUGGACACUAUUUCCUGAAGCUGAGCCUGCUGGGCUGGGGCCUGCCUGCUCUUGUGGUUAUUGGUGUUGGGAGUAGCAACAGUUAUGGUAUUUACACCAUCCGCAACCAGGAGAACCGCACCUCACUGGAGCUGUGCUGGUUCCAGAAAGAGCCUGCCCUUUAUGCUACCGUCCACGGCUACUUCCUUGUCAGCUUCCUCUUUGGAGCUGUGGUGCUGGCUCUGGUGGCCUGGAAGUUCUUCACUCUGCCCAGUGUCACAGCAGGCAAAGGACAGGGGCAGACCUGGAAGUCGGUCUUCACCAUUCUGGGCCUCUCCAGCCUGGUGUCUUCAUCUUCUGCUGGUUCAUUAUCCUCUACUUCCCGAGGCAGAGCACCGCAACCUCCUCCUCCGGCACUGCCCGUGUGGACCAGGCCCACUCCGUUUCACAAGAGUAGGCAGCUGCAGUUCGACCUCAGCUCCAGAUGGGUUUGUGACCUCGGACAGCUCCCUACUUCCUUCUGGGUUCACUGUCUUCUCUGUACAGGGUGUCUGAGGAGGGAGAGGAUGGAGACCAGGCUGAACCAUAUGGCUCCAAAGCUCCUACUUGGAGAGCUGGGUAGAUUGAUGGCUUGAAGAGGACACUGGUUCAGUUCCCAGCACCCACACGGAGGCUCACAACUGUCUGUAACUAUAGUUCCGGGGAAUCUGAUACCCUCUUCUGGCCUCCAAAGGCACCAAAGGUGUUGUAUAUACAUAUGUGUGGACAAAAUGCUCAUACACAUAAAAUGGAAAUUUUAAAAAAACAUGUUGAAAAGCUCCUGUUCAGAAGUGUUCAUGGGUCCAAAAAGCUACAGAAGCAGAUUUGUGGGAGACCAAAAUCCCUAUUAGCCUGAGACCCCCCAUCUGACAGUGUCAUCUUUACCCCUGCUGCUGUAGAAGCAUCUCUACAGCUCUAAGCAGCUGUUUUUAGCUAUGGGCCACGUCUCAUCUCAUUAGGAGCCUGAGCCAAAGAGGGAAAUCUUGAUGAAACCCCUUGAAGAAACUCCAGUCUUUUCCCUCUUCCCCCAUCUCUCCCCCUACAAUCCCACCUUAUAGAUGCCUGCCCUCCCCUACCUGCCCAGGCAUUCACAGGCUGGGGGAGCAGAGGACUGGAGGCUUCUUUGGGGACUUUGAUGAUCUUCUGCCUACUUUGCCCUAGUCAGGGCUCAUCCCAAUUGCAAUUACUGCACCAUUGAAGGUUAAGGUCCUUCUAGGUGCCCAGGACACUUUCAGAGAAAGCCACUCAGAGGGUGAGCUUCCAGGAACAUGUCCACCCACCCCACUUGACUGCAGGCUGUGAGGGCUGAGUCUAGUCUGCUGUCUUUGUUGGGACAGAAGCUGAGUUCCAGAACUGGAGGCAUGCUUGCUCCAUCCACAUUAGUGCAUGUGGUCCAGGGGGACAAAGAGAAAAAGGUGACCCUUCUCACAAUGUCUGUAAUCCUAUAAGCAGGGACCUGAAUAGUCUUACCCACCAUUUCAACAUAGCCUGAGCAUCAGGCCUGCCCAUAUUAAGUGAAUAAUUGCCACACAGAUUUCAAUAAACAAAUACUUGUUGCUUGA